AUGCUUGUUAUAAAAACUUUGUCGAUUCGAUUUGUCCAGAUUGUGGUUCUACACCACUUUCUUUUUGUGGCAUUUUGCAACGGCAUUGAAGAAAUCAAAAACUCCAAAAUUCAUGAUACUGGACAACAAGGUAUCAAAUCACAGGUGGAACCCAAAUCUCAUUUCGUCCAAGAGAUUGAAGAGAUAUUUGAGGAUGCGGUAGAAUCAGUGGAAGGGAUGUUCAAUGACAGAAAUCCAUCAGUUCAUAUGAGCUGCUCCUCCCCCGGGUCCCUAGAUUCAACCCUCACAUUCCACGCCACCUUGAAAAUUUUUCCUAUCCUCGACUCCUACGUAUACGAGUGGUAUGACAAUGCAACGCAUGAAGUUAUACCCAUGAAAGCUAAGAGAACAAGUAAAUUGACGAGAGUGUAUAGCAGUAAGGAUGUCUCUGUGGGAGUUUAUCCGAUGGAAGUACGUAUCAAAUAUACAUCAUCGGGAGAUAUGAUUGCAGGGAAUUCUCUCAAUUUUACUUUAACAGAUACACUUAAUGGCAACAUAGCUAUUUCACAGAAAAAUGAUGUACAAAGAAAACCUAACGUCUAUGCAGCUAACAAAAACAUUACAAUCUCCACAAAUGUUACCGACAAAUUCCAAAAUGCGAACUUUACGUAUAUUUGGAGGAUUAAUGGACUUAAAGAAGGCAACACAACAGAUCCAGUCUUCAAUGUCACAUGUAAGAGUGAUGGGAAUAAUACAAUUACAGUUGAUGCCUUCGCAGAAGUUGAAGCUGGUUCAAAUACAUCUAUCCACAUGGUUAAAAAGUUUGGGAAUUUUUCCAAAAACAUAGAAGUCAGUUAUGCAGUAAAUAAUCUCAAAUAUGAAGGCAGAUUCAAUCUACCAAUUAAACGAAACAUCAACGCUACAGUUACAUGCACAGGCAGUUUCCCAAUGACAUUUUGCUACAACAUCAGCGACCCCUUGGGUUUCCAGAUUAUGCGUUACUGUAGUGUGGAGAAAGAGAGUGUUGACUGUCAGUUCACAAUCGAUACCCAAAUAGACUCCAAGGGUCAUUACAUACUUGAUAUGUCACUUACUAAUGAUAUCAGCACCACUAAUAACAGUGUGAAGAUCCAGCUGUAUGAUCCAGAGGAUGUGAGGGUGAUAGUGAACAGUUCCACCCCAGCAGUAUUGGACUCACAUAUAACAUUCUUUGCACGUCUGGUGCUUCCAAGUGGUGUCUCUAUCAAGGAUCCUCGCUUCAGAUACAUCUGGGAAGAUGAUGUCAGAGGUUCACAACUCCAAGUAACAACGGAUGAUGAAACUUCCAGCAUUUCUAGACAGUACCACAGCAAGGACAAGAUCAAACCAAAACGCUACACAAUGCAUGUGACGGUCCAGAACGUGUAUGACGGGCGCAUUAUAGCUAGGGAACAAUCACCAUUUAACUUAACAAAAACACUCAACACAAAACUUAAUAUAACUCAAAAGUUGAAAUACCGGCGUUUCCAAAAUACAUUUGCAAGUAAUAAACAGGUGAAUUUUACAGUAGCAGUACACGAUAAUUUAACUAACCCAGAUAUAUCAUACUGGUGGUAUUUAAACAAUACACAAAUUGGAUUCACGAAAGAACCAGAAAUCUCAACAGUUGUGAAUAAAUCUGGAAUGUAUAUCUUGGGGGUUGACAUUAGUGCAUACAUUGAUAGUGAUGAUUCUCCACUACUAGAGCUUCAUGGGAAACUACGGCAUAAUGUGUCUGUGAAAGACACCCUCCAUACUCUACAACUAGAGGGGGUCAAUAGUGUACCACUUGGUGGCUAUCUAGACUGUCGGGUUACCUGCAAAGGAGGUUCCCCAGUGUCAUUCUGUGCUAAUGUGACGGACACUAGUGGCAAACAACGGCCAAACACAACCUGUCAGACAACCAUGUAUACUCAAAAGUGCAGUUUUCCAAUCAUUCGUAAAUUCACCCAGCUUGGCGUUUAUAAACUCCAAGCCACCAUUACUAAUGAUGUGAGUGCCAGGUCAACAGUGUUCUACGUGAGCGUCUAUGAUCCAAAUGCCAGUGCAAUAGCCUAUAUCGCCAUACCUAUACUGAUCAGCCUCCUAGCAGCUGUUGUCAUCGCAGGAGGCGUUGUUUACCACAUUAAAGUGCAGCGUAAAGGAGUUGAAACAGCAGACUUUAACUUUCACCAAACAGCAACAGCAGACACAGGUCCUGUUGUGAGGAUUCGCCAGUCAUUAUCAUCUUUGUUUAGUCAAAGCCGCAGUCCAAAGCAACAGGGCUAUGCGUAUGCUUCUCUGGAGGGUAGCGAUGAGACAGUUGAAAGUCCUUCAACAGAAUAUGGAGCUUUGUGAUGGUCGUGUGACACUGUAAAACCCAACGGAAAACCUUUGUCAAGUUUUCGAUAUAAAGUGGGGACCUAAAGUGCAUCUCUGCUCUCAGCGGACAAUGUACUGUUGGAUAUGCUUCAUUAAAGUUUCAACAGAGACUUAAUGUUUUAUAGUGAAC